UGCACGUGGAAAGCUGCUGAGCCCGCUGGUGCUGCACCAAGGCACAUCACAACAGGUGUCACUUGUGAGCAGACAGGCUGAGCCCCCCUCACCACAGCAGCGCCCUGACCACCUGGACCAUGUCCGUUCUCUGCCCCCCCCAGGUACACCAAGAUGAAGACAGCCACUAACAUCUACAUCUUCAACCUGGCACUGGCUGAUGCCCUGGCCACCAGCACCCUGCCCUUCCAGAGCGCCAAGUACCUCCUGGAGACCUGGCCCUUCGGGGAGCUGCUCUGCAAGGCUGUGCUCUCCAUCGACUACUACAACAUGUUCACCAGCAUCUUCACCCUCACCAUGAUGAGCGUGGACCGCUACAUCGCCGUGUGCCACCCGGUCAAGGCCCUGGACUUCCGCACGCCGGCCAAAGCUAAGAUCAUCAAUGUCUGCAUCUGGGUGCUCUCCUCCCUCGUCGGGGUGCCCAUCAUGGUCAUGGCAGUCACCAAGUCAAAAGAUGGCGUGGUCCUGUGCACUCUCCAGUUUCCUGAUCCUCCCAUCUACUGGGACACCGUGACCAAGAUAUGCGUCUUCAUCUUUGCCUUCCUGGUGCCCAUCCUGGUCAUCACCAUCUGCUACGGGCUGAUGAUCCUGCGCCUGAAGAGCGUGCGGCUGCUCUCGGGCUCCAAGGAGAAGGAUCGCAACCUGCGGCGCAUCACGCGCAUGGUGCUGGUGGUGGUGGCCGCCUUCAUCAUCUGCUGGACACCCAUCCACAUCUUCGUCAUGGUCUGGACGCUGGUGGACAUAGACAAGAAGAACCCCUACGUGGUGGCCAGCCUGCACUUCUGCAUCGCCCUGGGCUACACCAACAGCAGCCUCAACCCCGUCCUUUACGCUUUCCUGGAUGAGAACUUCAAGCGGUGCUUCCGCGAGUUCUGCCUGCCCGCGCGCGCCCGCGCGGAGCCCGGCGGCUUCUCCCGCGCCCGCAGCACCACGCGCGAGCUGGUCUCCACCUGCAGCCCCGCCCAGCCCCGCGCCAGGCCCGCCUGA